CAAACACAAAAUUCGCAUCAGCGAUACAUUUGUCGAAUCUCAUUCUCAUCUCUUGGGCAUUUGCUACCAGAACGUACCAGAUCGGAUAGUUGUGCGACGUCUAAUUGCUACGAUCGGUGUGAUAACUCGAACGAUCCGUUCCUCAUUCAUUUGACAUCAAAAGGAAGAUCAAGCACGGCCACUUGCACUUCAGACUUGCUUGGAUAUUGGCUCGAAGAAGUUGUUGUAUCGAGUGAACACAGAUUACCCCAACAAAAAAGAAGAUUGUUCAAGACUGUUAUCGCGAUUUGCUGUAAAGAAACAUUCUCUUAAUUAUACGAUUAUCGUCAGCGAUACGACUAGUGUUUCACUGUGAAUAAUGCACGAUAUGCAGUUAUACAUUUACAUCAUAGCCUGUCUCUUACUGAAGGGGCUGGCUCGAGCCGAAGAAGUAGAGGUUGUAGAGGCAAUUUCGGGAGAAGAUAAUCGAAAUGAAAAUUCAGCAUUAAAUCGACAGGAUAACGAGUUAAAUAAUUCCGAUCAAUUGGCAUUGGAUACCAUAGUGGACAAGGAUACCGGCGGAAAUCACUAUAAACUAGGUGGACUUCGAGGUCAUCCUUUACUCCCACCGAAUCGAGGUGCGUUAGGUCUACCACGUCCACACCAUAAUGUCGCUUAUCAUGGCCCACCGCCGCCGUUGCCGCCUUCUAAAGUGCAAUCGCAAGCUAUGGAUAAGAUUUAUACAACUGGCGGUGGUAUCACCACUGCGGUCGGUGUCGAGCCUUGGCCAGUGUCAACGCCCGAUAUGCCGAAGAUUGUGUCGCUGGACGUAAAAUGCGAGAAAAAUCUGAUGAAGGUUUAUUUGGGCUUCGAUAAGCCGUUCUACGGCAUAGUCUUCAGUAAGGGCCACUACAGCAAUGUCAACUGCGUCCAUUUACCGGAGGGAUUAGGUCGCACGUCCGUCAACUUUGAGAUCAGUAUACAUACGUGCGGCACAGCCGGCAACACGGAGAAUGGAUUGUACGGCUACGGCGCCGAGUCCGGAUCUGGCACAUACUUUGAAAACAUUAUAGUGGUGCAAUACGAUCCUCAGGUGCAGGAGGUCUGGGAUCAAGCGCGUAAAUUGCGCUGCACCUGGCACGAUCUCUACGAAAAGUCGGUUACCUUUCGUCCGUUUCCCGUGGACAUGCUGGAUGUAGUCCGCGCGGAUUUCGCCGGUGACAACGUGGGAUGUUGGAUGCAGAUACAGGUCGGUAAAGGACCAUGGGCUUCCGAGGUCUCGGGUCUCGUCAAGAUCGGUCAGACAAUGACGAUGGUGCUCGCGAUCAAAGACGAUGACUCCAAGUUCGAUAUGCUCGUGAGAAACUGCAUGGCGCACGACGGCAAGCGUGCACCGAUACAGCUAGUGGACCAGCGAGGCUGUAUCACGCGACCAAAAUUAAUGUCCAGAUUCACCAAGAUCAAGAACUUUGGCGCCUCGGCGUCCGUGCUGUCGUACGCGCAUUUCCAGGCAUUCAAAUUUCCAGACUCCAUGGAAGUUCACUUCCAGUGCACCAUACAGAUCUGCCGAUACCAAUGUCCGGACCAGUGUUCAGAGUCGUCGUCGCUCUUAGAUAAUCAGGGUCUUUUGGAGAAUCAUCAUCAUCACUCUCCGACAAACGUCGGACACCCUGACGUCGGUGGAUACGGACUUCCGCCUUCAAUCCCGCUACCGUUGGAAGCCUACUUACAAGCGGCGGCCGGACGACCCCGCGAUGAAAGAAGGAGAAAAUCUCGAGAAAUUGCACACAAUCCGCAAAAGGCUGUGGGUGUAAAUCGGAUCAUUCGAGUGGUCUCGACGGGCGACCUGACCUUCUCCAUCGGCGAUGAGAGCAUCGGUGGCGAGCUAAAUGGCCCGACAAUGGUAUUCCCGCAACGCUACGAGAACACGUCCAGUUCAACCAUGAUUUGCAUGACCACUCCUGGAUUCGCAAUUACUCUUAUCGUAUUACUCGCCGUUUUGUUUUUCUCGUGCGUGCUAUCGGCCUAUCUCUUUAUGCGCCUCAGGCCCUUCUCGACAAAGGCCAAGAAAACUGCGGCGUUCAAUGCUGAACAGAAUGGCGCGACAAAAAAAUCUUCGAGGACAUGCUUUUAUUCAUAGAGAUAUUUGCGAUUGUCGCCAGUCAGCUAAAGUUUCGGUGAUGCCAAUAUCGCGCAGCAAGAGGAGUCGUCAAAUUGCAUGGCUCUCUUUUCUCGAAACCGGUUUACGCGAUCCUAUGCGAUAUCCAUGCGUUUAAGCAUCGUUGGAAAUUACCAUGUCGAUAAGAUGAAUGUGGUUGUGCGGAAAAGAGAAAAUUUGCUGCGAAUGCGUUGUCAAGACGAAAAAUUAAAAAUGGGUAUAAAUCGUUUGUAUUUGUUUAAAUACAUUUGGCUGUCAACUUUUUCUAUAUGCAUACUUAUGUGCCGAGAAUUUUGUAAUAGCGAGUCGAACGCACAGCGAGCAACAUUUCCUACAAGAGGACCAAGGGAAGAAACUUUGUAUAAAUUGGUCUUCGGAAUCACAAGUUGUCAGGUUUCGCAGAGGCUAUCGAAUGUCAUAAGCACGACUCUGUAUAAAGGUACGUAUUCUUCCGACAGAGUCGGAAUCAACGCGGUAUUAACUUUUGGUAAUGUGCUGCAAUACUCGUGUCUUUUCCUCUUUCUCUCUCUCUCUCUCUCUCUCUCUCUCUCUCUUUCUCUCUCUCUCAUUCACUUUAUAUUACGGCCUCCAUAGAGUUGUGCUUUGUCAUAAUGAAACUCAAGCUCAGGCCUUUAUAGGCAAACAUAGGCGAUAAGCCGAAAAUUUAGUCAAAGAUAAUCAAACCCGUUUCUGCAUUUACUACUUACAUGUAUUUAGUCAUGUAACUGUAUUUUGUUUUAUCGGUAACUGUAUUUAGUCUCUGGGUAUCGCAACUGGGUAAAAAUAAGGCUGAAAUGUCGCAAAAAUAGCCUAUAAUAUAGAAUUUAAGAAUUAUUUUAAUAAUGUUAUUAUUAAUAAUAUUAUAUUAUUAUUUAUUUAUUACGUAUUUUUAAAUUCUUUAAAGAUAUUUUGCAAGCAAAAUCCUAUAUAAACUCCCACACAUAUAUAUGAGGCUAACAAAUAAAGUUACAAUAUAUGAAAAGACUACAUACUCUUUUUUCAAUUAAUAAAUUAAAUAAUUAAUGAAUAGGUUAACAAGCAGUGCGCCACAUAGAUAUGGGAUAUUUUCUCAGUUAUUUUUAAGUAUAUAAUUAUUUAAGUGUUACUUUAAUAGUCUUUUUUAAGUUGCGAAAAUAAGAAAUUGUGCCAAAAUAUAUUAUUAUUACCAUGUAAAUCAGCAAAUAGUGAAUUAUGCGCAAUCCUGUUAUAAGAUAAAGUUUGCUUCGUUCCAUAUAUAUCGCGUGAAUGUCAAGCAAUGCUCAAAGAGGUAUAGUCGAUAAAACCGUCGCGACAUUCAAUUCUUGUCAUCAUUCGUAUUAUUGUUAACACGUUUUAUAUAACCUUGCAGAGCAAAUGUGUUAAAAAUACGAUAAGUUAAGUGAAGAAAGUCAAGCAAUUCAAUAAGCUAUCUAUGCAGUCGUGCAGUCAUUAGUUUAUACUUGCAAUAUAUGACACCUAUCUCCAUAUAGAGAAUAUAUAAGAUAGAUUAUAAUAGACACGAUGUGUCUCGGAAAUUGUGUAUUUUUGUCAGCCGUCAGCCGAUUAAUCUCAUAUAAAUGAGAUAAUCUUUAAUUUAUCAUUUUAUUAAUAUCUAUCAGCAACAACAUUGGAUGUAUUGCAUAUAUGUAUGUAUAUAUGUAUACACGGCAUAUGUACACAGAUACAUGCACACAUAAGCAUAGACACAUGAUGACGCGCAUAACACACAACAUAUAUACAUAUAUUAUAAUUGAGGCUCAAUCAUACGUUUUCAAGAUCCUGUAAAUAUAUUUAUUGGCAUUAUUUAUGUAUAUUAAAUAAAAACAUAACAUAUUUCAACUAAAUAGUCAUAUCGUCGCUUUACUUUUUUGUUCGGACUUUUUCCAUUCAACUCUCUCAGGUGAUACUACGAUUUAUUCCUCAGUACUUUUGAUAGCACAUAUGCCGCGCUUAAAUUAAAAAGGUUCAAUCUAAGCGUAACAAAUAAAUUUUUAAACGUUUAUACAUAUAUGAAUAACUUAAGGUCUAGUCUUAAAUGUUAUAUAGUUGGCAAAACUCACAAGUCACUUGGACAAAUGAGCAAAUAAAACUUUAAAUCAUUUGUCUAUUAUUAGAAUGCAAAUCGGUCCGUUUUCGUGUAAAAGAGAUUCGAAUAGAACACAUAUUUAGAAAUAGUUUGCUCAUAUUGUAUCUCUAAAAAAAUCUUUAUAUAAAACUUUUUCUAUAUUUCCAAUGCACUUAUUUACGUAUAUCAAGUAUAAAAAUUGUAAUCGUAACAAAUUACAUUUGUGUGGCAAUAGCUUGUAUACUAUGUUACAAUUUGCGGCAGUUGAUCUCUAACAGAAAAGCGAAGACAAUCGUAAACUCUCUUUCGCAUUACACGUACGUAAGUCUGCAAGUUAUGAAAGCUUUAGAAGAUGAAGGAAUGGUGGAUAUGAUGGGAAUUAAAUAUUUAUUUUCUCUUCGUGUCAGCUUUCCCAAGACAACGCAUAUUUUAUACACAUUUGCUACAUCCGAGAUAAAUAUUUAUAUAUUUUUAGCCUCCUUAGAGCAAAAGCUAUUAAUGACUUCUAUAUAAAGAAAAUGUCGUAGAAUCGAACGACUCAUAUACUAAUAGACUCAUAAAUAAUGUAAUAGUACUUGUUAAAUAUCUAUCUAAAUAAAAACUCUCAUUUAAAUUGUAGACGAUAUAAUUCUCUAUAAUUCGUUUCAUAUUGUCGAUUUGACAACAGAAUCUCAAACGCCAUCGACGACAUUCCCAGAAGAUAAUUAACGCGCCGGAACAAUCUCCGAUUCCGAAGAAUUUUUGUUAUUCGUAUGACAAAACACAUAUUAUCUUUAUCAGUAUACUAUUAGUACAAUAAUUACGAUUAUUUUCAAUAUAAUUUUAUUACAUUACUUUCUCCACGAUAUACCCACGAUUUUUGUUAUUAAUCGAUUAAGGCACUAAAAUCUCCGUAAAAAUACUAUCUAUCUAUCAACGGUAAACCGCUUUCAUAAUUUUUAGUAUUAUCGCGGUUUUAACGGUUAUUACCUCACGUUCAAACGUUUUCAAUACAUAAUCUCAUUUAUACUCAACAUGUCUCUUCUGCAGUUUUUUAAUACUUACAUAUAUUAUGAUCUGUAGUGCGUAUCUUUCAUAAGAGGAAAAUAACCUUUUUAUUUUAUUUGUUCUUU